AUGGACGUGAUCAGAUCCUUCGACGACAAGAUCAAGGCGGCAAGGUCGGGCUCGCGCCUCCAGAACCGUGCCUGCGACCAGUGCAGACGCUCCAAAAGGCGGUGCGACCUCGCUGAAGCUGGUCCUGAUGGCUUGCCAGUCCAACAUGCCGGGCCAUGCAAGCUCUGUGUUCGCAAGAACCUUCAGUGUACCACUCACUGGAGCGCACUGCAGCAGACCGUCAGCUCCAGCCGCCAGGAACUUCGCCACAUCUCACAGACCUCCGCCAGCUACACUGCCCUCCAAGAUCAGCUCUCGUCACACAAUUACGUCUCACUCGGCCUUUCCACCACGUCCAAGAGCCUCAGCGACAACAUCGACGGCCUCUACAUCUCGACCAAGCAGCUCUUCACCUACGUCGCCGCAUGGGAAUGGGUGUGGAACCAUUUCCUCGGGCCCGGCGCAACACCCAACGGCGUCAGCCUCGACGCAGCCAUUCAUCCUCGACGCGGACUCCUGAGUGCUUCCGCUGCACGCGCCUGGGACGACAUGAUGGUGGUCAACAACGUAUCCCACAUCUCUCCCAGCUUCUUUUACAGCACCUUUGUUUGCGACGAGGCCUUCCGUCCGAGCGGUCGCUUCAACCUCCCCAAAAAGGCAGACGAGAUCUCCAUGCAGGCACUGCAGUAUGCCAUCGUCGCCUACGCGAGCCAGUAUGGCUCCCAAAUGCCCGGCGAAUGGCGCGACGACGAGACCGAAGCCGUGCGCCGCCAGAAAGAUACCCAGAUCGCAGAAGCUGCCUGGCGACGCGCACGCGACUUCCUCAUGGCCAACUCCUCCGUCACCACCUUCCGCAUGGCGUAUGCCCUUCAUCUUUUCAGCAACACAUGUCCACCCUUGCGCAGCAGCAACUCGAAUCUGGACGUUGUGCAGGACGCCGUUUUCACUCUACAGACCGGCCUCCGCAUGAUGGACAAUCUCGCCACUGAUCUCUUGCGACAGCAAGACGAGGAGCUCUUCGCCAUCGGCUAUCACAACACCGACGGUGCCAGGAUCGAGGACAACGUCUACCUCCGAUCAGAUCCGACCUACCGCAUGCGUGUCGAACGUGCUCGUGCGCUCAAGGACGUGGCCGAAAAUCUGCUCUGGUAUUCGGCCAUCUGCGACGCGGCAACCACGAGCGGCUUCGGCAUGCCUCCCACCACACGCAGCAGCAGUUUCGACAAGGUCGACCUUGAGGCCUUGCAGCUCUCGGCCGUCAUGCCAGCUCCCAAUCUGAGCGCCACACAUCCGACUGGAUUCGAAGCUGCCAGCCUCCCGCCCGAGUCGGCCCCGAUGGGACCCGUGCCGGGUGUAUCGGCGCGUUUCGGCAACGGAAUUUAUGGACUGCCACCACACGUGCCUGCGGGCUCGGACAGCCUUGGCUUUGCCGAGUCGUCGACGCUGAGACUCGAGCCGAGCUUCCUGUUGCACCCUCAGUUGGAUUCCGAGUUCGCAUCCAUGGAUCGACAAUGGCCAGAUCAGACCAUCCCGCAUGCAUCUUCGUUACCAGACUCUCUCUUGCCGACUCAUGCGGGGCACAGCCUGGCGCAUGCGCCGACGACGCCGACUGACGCGGCCUCAGACGUUCCUCAGACGUGGAUGCGCGUGGCAGAACGAGCAUGGAAAAUCUCCAAGCAGGUGCCCAACAUCAUGGCCGGAUUUGCGGCAGCGCCCAAUGAUUCGAUGCGAGUCAAGGAGUUUCUCAAUUUGACGCAGAUCGGAUCGGCUACACAGAUCAUGCUCUGGCAGCGCAACGGCAACUUUCGCGCUAAGCUCGACGAUCCGGGUUCCACGGCUAGCCAGUUGGCCGAAGCUUUCCAGCGCACAUGGAGCAUGGCGUUGUUCAUGCAACAGGUGUUCCAUCCCGUACUCGACGUCGAUGCGAAUCACUACGUCCGAAUGCCCGCGUCGGCACAGUCGAUGUCAUCGCAUUUUAUCAACCAGACCAGCAUGGGCACGCUCUUCUUUCUCGAACUCUGCAGCUUUCUCGAAGGACUGCCAUGGCUGCAAAGCCCCAAGGAUCCGUCGUGGCCGCGAGCUUCGAGCAUGCUGCGCACGCAGCUGGACAAGUCGCGCGAUCUUCGUCACCAGCUCCGCCGCAGGAAUGCCCUUCGCAUCGCCAGGCAGCAUCACAUGGUCGCUGCCCAGGUGGAGCGCACGCUGAAGUAUGGAGGGUCCCCACCACGCGACGGCCAGGACUCGGACCACCCUUCGCCGGGCAAUUCUGGGUAUUCGAGCCACCGAGGAAGCGACGCGGGCGCCAGCUCUCCGUUUGCAGAGAUCUCGCUGCCGCAGGACGACAUGAUCGUGCCUGCCUUGCAGAUUCACAGUAGCCGUCAUCCGGUGCCGACGCAUCUGGCAUGUGCUCUGCACAUCUCCUUCUGUGCUCUUGUCCCCGACGCUCUCCAAGAGAUCAGCCAGCACGGAUCUGCGUCGCCUGUCACGCUGGACGCGCUCGAUUCCAACCUGGCCGCCUUGCAGGGCAUCCUCGACAGCGUGCUCAGCUUCGGACCCAACUUCCACCGCGAGCCGAGCCUCGAGACCCUCUUUUCGACACGCAACUGGCUAGCACCAGAUCGCACGCCCAUAGCGCUCGUUCUACGCUGA